AACACCAAGUGUGCACUGUGCAGAGAACAGACAACAAAAACAUGAAGACGUUUAUAUUUUUGACUUUUUUGAGUCUGGCUCUUUCUGAAGAAUAUGAGGAUGCUACUGGUUUCUCCUUUGAUGGCUUCACCUUUACAGACACCAUGUGGACUGGGGAGGGCAAGGCAGCUCUGUGCGAUUUCAACCCUCCUGGAUUCAGAACACUGGGCAUCAAGCUCACUUACAUUGUUGUCUUCAUUUUUAGUUUCCUAGGAAACAGCCUUGUUGUUUUUGUGGUCUCCUGCAUGAAGAAAGUCAGGGCAAGCACGGACAUCUACUUAAUGCAUCUGGCAAUAGCUGACCUUUUGUUUUGCCUGACUCUUCCCUUCUGGGCGGUGUACAUACACUCUGGUUGGGUUUUUGGAAACGUCCUUUGCAAAAUCCUUUCCGGUUUCCAAGAAGCUUCUGUGUACUCUGGAGUCUUCCUGUUAGUUUGCAUUAGCAUUGACCGUUACUUUGCUAUAGUACGGGCUAAACGUAGCCUUUCUUCUCAUAAUGUUGCAGUCAAAGUCAUUUGUGGAGUUGUGUGGGUAAUUGCUGUAAUGCUAGCCCUACCUUUUGCCAUACAAAGACAAAGCAUGUUCAUGGACAACGAAAUUGGAUAUAUCUGCUUUGAAAAUUUCACUGGUGAAAGUAUGUCACACUGGCGUGUUACUGUACAUGUUUUGAGACAUACGAUGGGGUUUUUCAUCCCAUUUGUUAUCAUGUCUGUAUGCUAUGGCUGCACUAUCGUUAAACUAUUACAUUCCCGCAACCAGAAAAAGCACAAAGCCAUGCGAGUUAUCCUAGCUGUAGUUUUGGCAUUUAUCCUUUGCUGGUUGCCUUUCAAUGUGUCUGUUUUGAUUGACACCUUGAUUCGGGGAGGGUCCUUGCCUGUGGAGACCUGUGAGACACAGUACAUGGUAGAAAAGAUGCUAAACGUGACACAAGUGUUUGCCUUUGCACACUGCAUGAUAAAUCCGAUCCUGUAUGCCUUCAUCGGGGAGAAGUUUCGAAACCAGCUUCUGUCUGCACUGUACAAACACGGGGUCAUUAGCAAAAGGAUCCACCAGGCUUACAGGAAGGGCUCUGUCAACAGCACUGGAAGCCUCAGAUCUAGGAACACCUCCGUGACAAUGUGAAGACAACCACUUUACACUGAGUGAUAGAUAAAUACAAGAUCAACUACCUAUUGGGACCAAUAAGUGCUUGGACACAAACACUGACAUUACGCAAGUUGCAAGUUGUAAAUUCUGUAAAUAAUCCUAUUCUUCACAGCUUUUUUGCUAUAAUUCACAUUUUUAUUUGGUGUUCAGUAUAGUAAUUAUAAUAAUUAUACUUAUAUAUCCAUGAGUUUCAGAAAGAUGACAAUUCAGGACAGUUGUUAUAAGAGUUAACAAUUUAAAGCCAAAUGCUAUGUGUUUUGAUUUGGAAAAACUCUUCAAAUUGCUGCUAAAUUUGAGCUAAAACCCAUGAAUAUCUGUAAAAUGCUGUAAAGUGCUUCGAAGUUCUUAAU